AGCGUCAGCAGAGCAACCGCACACCCUCCUCCUCCUCUCCCCCGUCUGAGCCAUUGAAGAUGUAAGAGAAUCAGCGGCGCAGAACACCCAGGCUGUACAGGCAGUGUGCAAGAGACCGAGCAGAUUAUCACCCCAAGGACACUAAGACAUAGCUGACGCUUUCCCAGCAGCUCUGUGUAUUUUACAGUUUGAGAACCGUCAUAGUAUUUAUGCAAUGUCUGACAUGAACAACUGGUGAUUGGAUACUGGUAACUUUGGGUUAAUGUACAUAGAAGAUGGAACAUGUGGGAAACCAUGAACAGUGGAGUCUUAACAUAAAUUUUCCAUCUGCCCAUUAACGAGACUUGAAGCAGAACGCCAUGGAGAAUGUGUCAUUGAGUCCUCUAAACUCAUCCUGUGGUCCCACACAUCUUGCUAACAGUGCGGAAUUCAGCAUCAUACUCCCUGUCAUCUACUCAGUGAUCUGUGCGGUGGGACUGACAGGAAACACCGCUGUCAUUUAUGUCAUUCUCAAAGCCCCUAAGAUGAAGACCGUCACCAACCUCUUCAUCCUGAACUUGGCGAUUGCUGAUGAUUUGUUUACUCUUGUUCUCCCCAUCAACAUUGCGGAGAUCGUGCAACGCUCAUGGAACUUUGGGGUUGUUAUCUGUAAAGUUAUCUUGUCUAUAGAUCUCUGUAACAUCUUUUCCAGUAUAUUUUUCUUGACAGUCAUGAGCAUAGACCGGUAUUUAGUAGUUGUGGCUACUGUGAGGUCCAAAAGGAUGCCCUAUCGCACUUACCGAGCAGCAAAAAUCAUAAGUGUUCUGGUUUGGGUCUUGGUCAUUGUCAUUGUGUUGCCAUUCACCAUUUUUGCUGAUGUCUACAUGGACAACUUGGAGUUUAAGAGCUGUGGAUUGAAUUUCCCUAAACCGGAAAAGUUAUGGUUCAAGGCAAGUCGCAUCUAUACCUUGUUGCUGGGGUUUGCAAUCCCAGUUUCCACCAUCUGUAUCUUGUACAUGGUCAUGUUAUACAGACUACGGAGCAUGAGGUUAAAUUCCAAUGGAAAAGCUUUGGACAAGGCUAAGAAGAGAGUGACUUUCAUGGUCUUUGUUGUCGUAGCGGUUUGUCUUCUCUGCUGGGCUCCAUAUCAUUUUGCCACCAUUGUGUCGCUCACCACAGAUUUGCGUGAGACAUCGUUGGUUAUUGGCAUCUCUUAUUUCUUUACAAGUUUGAGCUAUGCCAACUCUUGCCUCAACCCAUUCCUAUAUGCCUUCCUAGAUGAUAGCUUCAGGAAGAGCUUUAAGAAACUGCUGGAGUGCAGAGCAGCUUGAGGGACUAUCUGGCCAUGGUCUACAGUGAAGGUAACCAGCUAUAGUAAAACAUCAAGUCCCUCCUAACUGUUGACCCUGGUGACUAUUAAAUCACAUGACAAAAGGGACAAUAUAGGGUGGGGAUUAAUGACAUGGAUUAUUUCUUGGUUUGAUAUUAGGUGAGACCAGAACACAGAUUUCACUAGUGAUCAAUAUUUUUGCAUUGUAGAGAGUUCCGUGUAUUGGGAUUUUGCUUUACCUGUGAAGAUACUACAAUAUGAAAAUAUGACUAUUAAAAUUGUUAAUCAGAAGUCACAAAUCUUUUUCACAUCUUGUAGCUUCAAUAAUUAUGUAUAAACAAAUUAGCAUAACACACCAUAGUUUCAGUAGUUGUCGCCUCAAGUCACCAAAUAAAAUCUUUUUACAGUAAAAAA